GCGAAACGCUCGGACGAAAUGAUUCGAACGUGAUGCCCAGGGGGGACGGCGAUGCGCAGCGGACGAUGUCCAAUGUCGCGAGUGAGCUGCCGUAUGAUAUUGUGUACGCAUCGUCAACAGACUACGCCCCGAUCUUUCCCAGUGCGGUCGAGUUGAUGCUCAUGCAAGCUGCACCUGGUGCGUUGCCAGUCCGAUGGAUGUCGUCGAAAUCGUGUUCGUAUCCCCAAGAAAUUGGGCUCAUACUGUCAACGCGAGCAUACGUCAAGUCGAUCCGCAUUGUCACACAUUUGCUCUUUGCGCCGUCCAAAGUCGAAGUAUGCGCGUCGGACGAUGCCCGAGUGCAACGGUACAUGGACCAUAAUACUUCCACAGGUGACCUGCAACUGGCCAUGCAAGUAUAUUGCAGCACCGAUUGUCCAUCCUUGUGCUCCAUGGACUGGCCGUGCGCUGGCACGAACGCGCGACCGACCGACAUUCGAAUGGACAUUCACGAACCCCUCAACGUGCUCAAGUUUAUGCUGCACGCUCCACGAGUAGUCGGGUCUAAUCUAUACCACCAGGUAACACCAUAGAUGUAGCUAUCUAUGAACAACGCCAAACGUUUACCAACUUGGGUGGGUGGCUAGGUCGCGAUCUUUCAAAUCCAAGUCCUUGGUGUGCCCUUACCCCAACCCCUCCACAUCAGCAGUAUUCCUCUUGUGGGGACAGAGGAUGCUUCUUCCCCGUCGACAAACGAAGAAGUCUACCAAGCGCUGCUCGACAGCGCUGUGCCCAUGGAUCUCAUCGCCCAAGUCUUGGACGUUGCCACUGACGUCGAUGCGUACACUGCCAAGGCCGUCCAACAUGCCACGAUGGUCAAAGCUUCGUGUAUUCAGCAAGACGACUACGACCGCGCCAAGGACCUGGCCACUCGGAUAGCGUCGCUCAUAGACUUGGGCAAGCAAAUCCACGCGAUAGCCACCCUUAAAACCCACGCCGUGGCCAUGGAAGCGUUCGACCAAGCGCAGAUGUACCACAUGGUAAUACCAUGUUACACACAGGUGGUUCGAUCCUCUCCUGACGACUGGCUUCAUGCGACACAGCAACUGGAAGCAUUGGCGGUUACAAGGGAGAAACGCAUAGCCGACACGUUUGCUGUUUGCCAUGCCAGCCAAACAAGUAAAACGACGGACACGUCAGUACUGGACGUACCAGUGGCACCUCCAGACCCAUACAUCGCCACGAUUCACGACGUAGCUAUCCGACGAUGGCUGGUCGACGAGAAGAAGAUGACUGGUUGUCCUGCAUCGGGCAAUAGUCGUCGUCGUAGUCCUGCCGAUGCGUUUCUGGCUACCAUGUGGGGACGAGACUUUAUGGCUUGUACUGGUAGUCCAGUGUGGAACAUUCGCCGCGCAUGUGUUGAAAUUGCAGAGCAGCACGUGGCGAUCCUUGUCCAUGUAUUCGACGUGGAAACGUUGUACGAAAUGUACAUUGAGCUUGUGCGCACAACGUUCCUCGUCGAUCCAACCAUUCCCGUGCUCAUCGCGACACUGCACCUUGUCCGAACCAUGUACGAAAGGCCAUGUAUGCUGCCGCCAACCACAACCCCCGUCGGUCGUACUUCGAAGGGCUUGGGAUUUGGUACGUGGGGGCUCCGAAGGGGGGUCCUGCGCCCAGGUAUUGAACGUAUUAUCGACGCCAUCUUCCAGUGUUCAGCGUACUUCAACACGCUGUUGCGGGAAGAUUGCAUCCGCACGGUGCGGUUCCUGGCCCAACAGCCCCACGUCGCAGGUUUGGCUUUGGAAUGCACGUGGCAGCGUACCGUACAAGUCUCGCCCGGGUUUGAACGGGUGCUGGGGCUGACAUUUCUGCAAGACCAGCUGCAAACCAUCCUAUGCUUGGCGAUGGAAUCAUCUUUGUCGUUUAAUGAGCCGUCCAAGGCGAUGGGGCAGCUAUACGAGGACAUGUCGGCUUUUCUGACGUCCACAGUGAUUACCACCGACGACACUGUUCGUGGCGCAGCGUUAGAGUGUCUGUCCCUUGUGCACGCGUGCCAGCAACGAGACUUCCGCGGCGUCGUCGCCAUCUCUCGCGAAGUCCAUGUGCCGCUGUUUCGGACGUUCCCGUUCUCAGACUCGGAAGCAGAUCGAUUAGUAGACCAAGCCCAAGUGUUUGCCAACAGCCAUCAACUGCCCGUCCAACUGGCCACGUACGAGUUGGACGCGCCUGGCUUGGACGGAUUUCACGAGUUCCACCAACUCAAAAAAGGCACGGUCGCGUUCGCAGGACAAGUGUCCCCUCGGUAUCUGGAAUCCACUACUCGGGUACAACUGAUUCCGACGGCGGCGUUGGCCAGCGACUUGACACUUUCAAACACGAUCUCGUCGUCGCUACAACAAACACCUACUACUACUACUACCACUCGACCCCAGCAGCAGACAAUCAACUGCUCAACCCCCCACUCCAUUACACCGUCACAACCCCCGCUUACUACCGUUGAGGCAACCCCCAACAGACCAGUUGACCUGUCAAUUCCUUCCCAGCCCAAGGAACUUCACCCCCGAGCGAGCCCUUCUCCGUUUCCACCAACGACUGUAUCCCCCUUGCAUCCAUCGCAAUCAAUGACGUCGUUCCUUCCUGGCACAACAGCUGAGCCCUUCCCUUCGCCAUCGGUGAUCCCCUCCCUGACUUCUAACGACCCCUUACGUCUGGCUUUCGAGCUUGAACCAUCGUCGCCAAUGCCAGCAGCAGCUCCUGUAACUUUAGUCAGUGCACAGUCGCCACAUUCCUCGCAGGAUACUAGUCUUAUCGUGGAAAAGGCAGUGUCGUCCCCUGUCAAACCCCUCGCCGGUCGAAAGAACCAGGUCGCCCCUGCGACAACGUUGGAAAUUCCGCCCUCGUCUGUAUCAGUGAACGGGACCCCACGGACGGCAAGGGAACGCAUCGAAACACUCCAAGUGGUCGCAGAAGUUGCCAAGAAAGUUACCCACGCCGACGAUAAAAAAGCAGGGUGUUCGAUCUCGUAAUGUCGUAAUUCAACAACCUGAUCAGGCAAUCAAC